UUUUCCGUUACUCCGGAAGGGACCUUCUUCUCCUAGUGGGUUUUCUUACGUUUUCAGCAAUUGAGCGACUGGUGAAGAUGGGGAAGAAGAAAGAAGUGAUGGCGGAGAGAGAAGGUGAAGCUGGUGGUCACGGUUCUCACAAGAAAAAACACAAGAAGCACAAGAAACACAAAAAGAAGCAUCAUCAGGCUGACGUGGGGCUGGGCUUCUCCUCUGAGACUCUGGAAUCUGACUCUGGCACCGGGAAACCCCAGCUGAAGCUUAAAAUAAAACUUGGUGGGCAGACCAUGGGCACAAAGAGUGUGCCACACUUCUCCUUGGCCUCUGAGCUGAAGCAGUCUCCAUCUCCCCUGAUGGUUGACGAUGAACCAGAUGAGGUGCCGUUGGACCAGUAUCGGGCCUGGCUGGAUGAGGAGAGCAACUUGGAUCCAUCUCCUCUUCCAGAUAUGGAUUCAGAAAGUCUUCGGGAGCCGGAACAGGAUGAAGAGCAGCGAUGGCUGGAUGCACUAGAAAAAGGGGAGUUGGAUGAUAAUGGGGAGCUAAAGAAGGAGAUCGAUGAAUCCCUGCUGACGGCUAGACAGCGUGCCUUGCUACACAAGCAGCAAAGCCAGCCGCUCCUGGAGUUGCCCAUGGGCUAUAAGGUGAAGGAGAUGACUGAGGAAAUGAUGGUGAAACGGGCCGAGCGUGCUCGAAAGAGGCGUCUGCAGGCUGCCAAGAAAGCGGAGGACAGCAAAAACCAAACGAUUGAGCGGCUAACGAAAACAAAUAAGGCAAAAGUGAAAACAUUACGGGACAGAAGGACCAAGGGAAUGCAUUGUCCAAUGAUUAGAUACUCCAGUAGUGCCAUGGGGAUUACUGUGUCCUUUCCACAUGGAUGUCCUGCCCCACUCCCAGCACUCUCGAUGCCUGUACCAACGCCAAUUACCUGUGGGGUUCAGGGUUGCUCAAACUUCAAGAAAUACUGUUGUUCAAAAACUGGAUUACCGCUCUGUAGCCUUGAGUGCUACAAAAAGAACUUGAUGAUUCAAGGUUUGGCGUGAUGAGAGUGGAGCUACCAGAGUUGGUUCCAAAGUAAUACUGGAGGACAUACCCCAGAAAGCUGCUACCUGUGGACUGGUUGAUUUAACCAAGAAUGAUGCCAGUUAGCAGUGGGUGGAAUGCUAAUGGAGAAAGUUAAAAGGUGGUUCUGUGGUGAAAAGAUCUGAUGUGCCCUGGUUGAUGCCUCUUGUGAUAACAAUUUGGAUCAUAUGGUUUUUGUCAAAAGAUGUUUAUCACCUUAGUGGUGGGAUUGAUGCAUCAAAGGCAUUUGACUGCUAGUUACUGAGUGAGUGACAUUGAUUAGGAAAAAUAUUUACCAUGUUGGGUCCCUGUGCAAGAAUUCUGACUUGAAAUGAUAGUCAGAUCCAGUCCUUUUUCCCUUGCCUCAACCAUUUUUUUUUGUAUUUGUUACUAGCAUUUGUUUCUCUUCUGAAUAUUCUGAAUUAAAAUAGUUAUCUAAACUUGAGGGGCAGCACUUGUACCAGUGGAUUUAGGCUGACCAAACUGGACAGAUUGGUACUCAGCAUUAAUUUCAGUUGUAGUUUCAUGGAUGAGUGAUGUUCCCUUCAUGUUGAGACCCUGUGGCUUAUGGACAUGCAGCUUUUGCUAAAAUCAGCUUUCCAGUUGGUCUACUAGCCAACUACUCCACUGUGCACUUCAAUACAACUCAUCCAUGCCAACCAGGUUGGCUACCUGAGCAAGUCCUAUUUGGCACUUUUCUGAGCUAGAUUUAUCCAAGUAUCUUUAAAAUGUAAAUUGUACCUGCCUUUACCACUUCUGCUGGCAGCUUGUUUCAUAUGCCCACCACCCUCUAGAAAGUUUCCCCUUUGACCUUAAAUCUAUGCUCUCUAGUCUUGACUUCCUUGCCUAUUCCUAUUCACCCCUCCUGUGUUUCUGGGGGUAGGGGGAAAGCCCCAGCCUAUACAACCUCUUCAUAACUCAAGCCCUCUUGUCCUAGUGUCAUUCUUGUGAAUUUUUUGUAACCCUAAUAGAUUAAAACAUUCUUCCUUUAGUAUGGCUAUGAAAACUGCACAGUAUUCUAGGAGUGGUAUCAAUAACAUACUGUACAGUUGGAAUGUUCCAACUCCCGUACUCAAUACCCUGAUUAAUGAAGACAAGCAUACUAAAUGCCUACCUCUGCCACCACUUAAGGAAACUUGGUACUUGGAUCCCCAUGUCUCUUCUACAACACUCAACAGAACAUUUACUUGCAAAUCCUGCCGAGUUAACUCUUCAAAAUACAACAUCGAGCUUGUUAGAAUUAAAUUCUAUCUGCUGUUCCUUGGCUCUUUUUUCCUCAGUUGAUCUGGAUCCUGUUGUAAUCUUGGAUAACCUUCUGUACUGUCUACUAACCACUAAUACUGGUGUCAUUCACAAUCUUGCCAAGCACAUUUUUCUUCCAAGUUGUUAAUAUAAGAUGGUGGAUGCAGCACCAAUCCUGGCAAUACACCCCAGGGCUCAAAUCUGAUAAACAACUCUCUGCUACCUUCUACAAACACAUUUGGCUAGCUCAUCCUCAAUCAUGUAUGAUCUAACUUUCCAGACCAGACUUGCUAAGCAAAAGCACUUGUCAAAUCAAAUCUCAAACUCCCUUGUAGCAACUUGCACAUUAAAUGAUUUCUGAAUUCCUUACUAAUUUCUGUACUCUUGUUUUAAACUUCACUUCCCUUGCCUGUAAAGAUAUCCAUAACAAGCCUUUGCAUUGAAUUCCUGUUGAUAAACUUUAUCAAGUUGUGGCUUUUGUAGACAAAACUAAUCCUGACUGUUACACCCUACUGUUCUGGUAUGUCCUUUUAUGAUGAAUAGCUAUUUGGCCUAAUAAGUCCAUGUCUGUGCAAUAGCAUUUUGCUAUUCAUCUAAUACCCAUCAACUUCACCUGAUUCUCCUAACUAGGGUGAUUUAUUGGCCAAUUAAACUACCAAUAAAAGGGUCUUUUAACCCAUAAAAGGGAACCUGGACAAAUGCACAAUCACAAUUUGCAAACUCCAGAGAUGAUAUUGAACCAGGGAUGCUAAGAAAAAGUACUUGUCCUCAAUGUGGAAUUGUGCCCCAUACAUCAUCCUGGUAUUACCACUAAGUUAACAGAUUUGAAAGAGGAGCAACACACAUCAAAGUUGCUGGUGAACGCA